AUGACUGAAACUGAAGCCGCCGCUGCCGCCGCCACCGAGCCCGUCAUCGAGGAGAUCCCCGAGGUCGAGGCCAACGCCCCCGCUGAGGAGCAAGGUGAGGCCAAGCGAUCCCGCGCCCAGAAGAAGGUCAUGAAAGCCAUGGCCAAGCUCAACCUCCGAAAGGUCGCCGGUAUCCAGCGAGUUGUUAUGCGAAACUCCAAGAAGGGUAACUUCCGAAUCGAAGGUGGUGAAGUCUACCAGGUCGCCAACUCCGACACUUACAUCGUCUUUGGCGAAGUCGAAACCGACGAUUUCCUCUCCCGAGCCCGAUCCGAGGCCGUCAACAAGUUCAAGCAAGAUCAGGCUGCACCAAAGGAGCAGCUCCCCAAGAUCGAGGACGAGGCUGAGGAAGCCGAGAACGACGAAGACGUCGACACCGAAGGCCUCGAGGACAAGGACAUCGAGCUCGUCAUGCAGCAGGCCGGCGUCACCAAGGCGAAAGCAGCGAAGGCUUUGAAAUCGAACGACAACGACAUCGUGAACGCGAUCAUGGAACUGACGAUGUAA